CUGUUCUGCGGUUUUAUCUGUGUUUUCUUAUUUCUUAUGAGUUUGCAUAUAUGCAUUCCUAAUGCUCCCUAAAUAAUUAUUUUUUUUGGAAAAUAAACAAAAAGUAACCAAAGCCAGCGAGUUGAUCUAAAAUUAGUACCCAUUUCAAAUUUUUAAAUGCCGAUACUAAAUUUGAUGAGAAAAAUGUCUUUCUUGGAAAAGCCUGUAGAGAAAGCUAUAAUAACGAAACUGACGGAUCUUUUGGCCCCCCAAGACUUACGCGUAAUCAACGAGUCCCACAUGCACAACGUACCAAAGAACUCUGAAACGCAUUUCAAAGUGGUGGUGGUGUCAGACAAAUUCACAGGCAUGCCUCUGUUAAAGAGACACCGGAUAAUAAACGAUGCUCUUAAAUAUGAGUUGCAAAACGGGGUCCAUGCGCUGGCAAUCGAGGCCAAAACGCCCGAACAAUGGGCGGAGAGCAGUCGGAUAAUCGAUGCGAGCCCUAAUUGUCGAGGUGGAUUCGGAAAAUAGGAAAAAUUUGCUGUAGACACACGGAUUUUGGUUAGUUGAGAAUUUCAUUUUUUGGCGUUGUUGUGAAGUUAUUCGUGAAAUUUGCAGCGAAUUUAAACAACUUCUCAAAUUCGAAUUGUUAGAAUUUUAGGUUAUCAGCUGGUUGAUUUUUUCAUUGCCGACAGUGUGAGGUUAUACGUAUUGGCGUUUUUUGAUAUUCAUUUUACAGUUGUUUAAGCGGCUAUGUGUAGAAAUUCACGAAGAACUAUGAAGUGUAAACUGGUAUGGAUGAAAAUUCUUUAUAAAGUUUAGAGAUUGGAAGGAUUGGGAGA